AGGCGUCGCAGUGGCAGGUCGCCUUGGCGCUGCUCGACGGCUCCGGAUCCGGAGAUGUGGUGGGCUGCAACGCGGCGAUGUCCGCCUGUGCCAAGGCUGGGCAAUGGGAAGCAGCCCUGGCGCUGAUGAAGAUGAUGCAGCGCGUCAAGGUGCCAGGGGAUGAGAUCACCUUCAACUGCCUGGCCACCUGCUGCGAGGAAGCCUCCCGCUGGCAGCUGGCAGUCCAACUUCUGCUGCACCGCGGCACUCCCCUGAGCCGCCGCUUGCGCGAGCUCCUGGCCGGCGACGAAGUCGCCCUCGGCGUCGGCGUCGGAGGCUUGGGGGCCACGGAGGGCUCGCAGCUGCUGUGGCGCCUGGGGAAGCUCGCGAAGACCUGGCCCAAGCAGGAGCUGCGGCGAGCCGCGGUGAAGGUGCUCCAAGCAGUGGACGCCUCUCAGUUCAGCUUGCAGGAGCUCAGCGCCAGCCUCUGGGCCUUGUCCUCUGUCGGCCUGGACGCCGCCGGUCUCGGCGUGGGCGUGCGCGACGUAGCCGUUGGAGCGGAGCUGCGGGCGCUGAACUUGCGGGGACUGGCGCAGCUGGCGAACGCCGACGAGCUGCUGGUGCCGGUCCAGCACGAGCUGGCUGCGCGCUGCCGCUUCGCGCGAAGAGAUGCGGACUUCGCCACCGUGGCCUUGGCGGUUCUCUGGUCCGCCGCCUUCGCCGCGCGGACCUCGCGCCGGGCCGCGCGCCAGGUCCGCCAAGUGCUGCAAGCCCUCGGCCGCGACCGGGACCUCGCGCCUCGGCUGCGGGCGCUGCCGGUGGCGCCGCAGCCGGCAGUGCUGCAGGCCCACGACGUGCUCGCGGUGCUCAAAGAGCCGCACUGGCAGGUGGAUGAGCGCGACGCAUUGGAUGCUGUAGAAAGGGCCUGGGACGAGCGAGGCCUGGUGUCCAGCUACGUGCAAGCCAUGCUCCCUCGGAGGCUCUUCCCGUUGGUCCACGACCAGCAGACCCAGCGAGGCUUCCUGCACCGCCUGGACGUGCCGAGCUCGGGCCUGAUUUUGGUGGCCAGCUCCUACGAGGCCUUCUACGACCUCAAGUUCCAGUUGGCCACUGGCAGCUUGGUCCGGGAUUACCUCAUCCUCUCCCAUGGCCAUCUUCCAAGUGGCCGAGAGGUUCGAGCGGCGCUCAGCUGGCGCUCCCAGGGGCCCAAGGCCAACGAGGUCUCCGCGGUGAACUUCUCCCCGGGCGCGCGAAAAUCCCGCACCAGGCUGCGGCUUCUGACGCACGCCAGCUGGCAGACCAAGGCGAUGAGCAUGAUCCAGGUGCGAAUCCUGACCGGGCGGCGGCACCAGAUCCGCGCGCACGUUUGCUUCAUCGGCUGUCCCACUGCCACGGAUGGGAAGUACACCUCGCUGCCCACAUUCCAAGAGGACAGCCAACUGUGCCCUCGCAACUUCCUCCACCGCCACCGACUGGGCUUCCACCGCUUCCGGGAUAUUGAGGCAGUGGAGGCAUUGCCGCCUGACUUGGCCGCUGCGGUGCAGAAGCUGAGUCAGGCGCGCGCACCCAACGACAAGCCCCCGGAGACCGAAACGUGGACGUUUCCGCAAUGCCUGCGUGGAUUGCGGGCGGAAAAGGGCGGCAAAGCGGAAGCCUUGAAGGGCCGAUGGCAAGCGGGGCUCUUUCUUCAAGCUCCCUGCGGCCAGGUGUCCUUCAAGCUGCAGGUGGCCAACAAGAGCAUGCCUCUGCCUCUGCCGGCGGUGCUGAUCUGUCCCAUCACCCAUGUGAUGUUCCGGGACCCCGUCUUCGUGCCCGAGAGCGGCAACACCUACGAGCGCUCGGCGCUCGAGAUCUUCUGGAACUCCUGCAAGGUGCCCAAGGACCCCUUGACGAACCUGGAGCUGGGCAGCGAGAUGGUCUACACCAACUGGGGCCUGCGUCGGGAAGUGCAGAGCUUCUUGGACCAGCACCCCGUGUACCUGCCGCAGGGCUGGGAGGCGCGGGCGCUGCCCUCGGCCACGGAGCCGCGGAAGUUGGAGCGCAAGGCGUCGUGGCGGCGGCCAGUUCUCUUAGCAGCGAGCAUCCUCUGCUCAGUGGUGAUCGUCAUGGAGCACGUGAGGGCCGAGAGCUUUUGGCAUCUUUCGCUGCCGACGGAGGAGGUCUCGUUCGAGAACUCCGAGCGGCUGAAAGUGCCCAAGGGCUCCAAGCUCGAAGCGUGGAAGGUGAGUGGCCGCCUGGUGGUGAAGAUCCCGGCGUCCGGGUUCCAGGCGGAGAGCUGCGGCCAGCUGGUGAUGUCCUCUUUGUGGCUGGGCUUCGUGGGCUACUGGACCGCCACCGCCGUCGCCGCCCGGGUGCCACUGACCUUCGUGGCCUUCUCGUUCCCGUUCUGGGCGGUGGGCUUGUUGCUCUUCGUCAGCACCUUGCUCACCCCCAGCCUCUCCCAGAUGCUGGUGGCCGGCCCGGAAGAGUACCAGGUCAGCAAUCAGCUGCUGCAGCGCAACAUCUGGAGCGUGUCAGCGCACGUCUCCGACCUGCAGGAGAAGCCUGGGCUGCUCUGCAUGUCUGAGGGCGACUGCAAGCUGGUGCUGCAGGACGGUGUCCACGAGGUGAUCUUCGGGGCGGAGCUGAAACCCACGGAAGUUCGGUGGAUCCAACGGCAGCUUUGCAGCCACUGGAAGUUGGAGGAGUCGAAGUGCUUGGAGAAUAGCACCUACGCCUGGGGUGAAUCGCAGCUGUUGAACCAGGAUUAA